UGUUAGCGAUAGCUUUGACCACGCCCUGCUGCAGUAUUUAAAACGCCAACCCUGGAUUGACAUGCCAACAGUUCCUCUUCAAACCGCUUCAAGGAUGCAAGUUGCAAAGACAAUCAUCUAGAUGCGGCACCCCAUCAUCAAAUAAAAGGAGCACACCAUGGCCAGAUUGUGGAUUGUAUUAUUACCAAGUUGGUGUCUGCUCGGGUGGCUGUUGCACCGUGAUGUGGCAACAGCUUUAACCGUUCCAGCUGGAUCGUAUCAGGCAUCAGGCUGCAUCGUUCCGGCUAGCUCAACUGAUCCCAACCGCUUUAGACAACCCUUCACGUGCUGUGAUGGAUGGGAACAAAUCCGAGGAAGAUGCAUUCCUGUUUCCAAACCUUGCCCGAGGGGCUACUCACAAAAUGGCCCUGGAGGAUGUUAUAAGGUCAUGACCUUGACGUCAUCGUGGGAGGAGUCAAGAAAGGCCUGUCAACGAGAUGGCCAAUCAGAUCUUGCCAUUGUCGAUACGAGGGAGGAGUUAGAACGUUUGAUAAGUUUGGCUCGAGGAAUUCAGCGAAACAUUUGGAUAGGUUUGAGAGAAGCACCUCUGAUCAAGUCUCUAGUUUGGGUCGACGGUUCGCUCGUUACCCCCUCUGGUGAUCUUGCUUCACUCCUCCCACAAAUUAACACCCCUCAUCAGAGCUCAUCUGUUCUACCAGUGCCAAAGUGCAUCGGCAUCAACGCAGGCAGUGGAUCGGUGGAGCAAAGGGAUUGUGAAACACUUGCAGCCUCUAUUUGCGAAAUGCGAUCUCAGUGUCCGCGGGGAUUCGGCCAACACUACGAGGGUCACUGCUACCGGUUCGUCACUGACCGGCCGCUACCGUGGCGCCAGGCCAGGAAGGAGUGCCAAAAGGCCCCGGGAGGAGAGCUAGCUAUUGCCAAGAAACACCCGGUCAGCGAGAGCCAGUUUCUUCUCGGUCGGGUACAACCAGAAAUAAAGGAUCUGUGGAUAGGACUGCAUCACGAUUCGCAAUCGGGCGUUUGGAGGUGGGUAGAUGAUACCCCAUUGUCGGAGAAGCAGGGCCAAGUAUGGAACCUUGGGGAACCUAAUAAUCUGAGCGGCCGUGAAAACUGCGCUGGGAUUAGUUUCCAGGCAAAGUGGAAUGAUUCAGACUGUAGAGAGAAUUUACCAUACGUGUGUGAGAUACAAGAAAAUAGUGAAUGCUACACAAACGUGAAUGGAAACGAUUACAACGGUCAUGUUAAUGUCGCAGCAACCGGUAACAAGUGUGUGGAAUGGAACCGAGAUGACCUGCGCGCCCUCAACGUUGACCUCAUCUCAGACGCUGAUUGGUUGAAACUGAGGGGUCACAACCAUUGUCGGAACCCUGGAGGUUUUAGAGAUUCAACAUGGUGCAUAGUGGAAAGAAGAAACAGUGGGUCCGUAAGUUGGAAGCCAUGUUACAUCGGCGAGCCACAAGUGACGUGCGUCCAAGGCGACAACCGUUCAUCUGCUCGGAGAUACGCCACACCAUGCACGGUAGGAGACUCAUGCACCAACGGGCACACUUGCCAUCCCGUCAUGCGCGAGUGCAUCUGCCCGAGUGGGUACCAAGGAAUUGACUGUCUACUGCAAUGCAGACCGGGUACCUACGGUUACCAGUGCGACCUUACCUGCCCUUCAUGUCCAGGAGGGGUCACCUGUCAUCACGUGACCGGAAGUUGUCUAGAGGUCAAUAUUGAAGUGACGGAAUCUAACGGAGGAAAUCGACAUGCUGGGUCCUGCUCCGGUAUAUGUGUGCUGGCUGUGAAGGUUGGCUGUGUGUGUGACAGCACUAAUGGCUCAUGCCCCUGUCCUGCCUACGUCAUCGCAGUGCUAGCUGUUGCCAUAGUAACGUGGGUAGUUUUGGGUUUUGCUUGCUUGGCAUGUGGAAUUCUUCGUAGACGACGGAACAGCACUAGAGUGGAAUACAAACGCGAUUCCGACUAUUGCGAAGAGAUCGGUACCGAUUCGGAUACUGAUGACGAGUUACAGACUCAACAAGUACCAGGUCAUCCAACGAAUGCAAUUGUUUCUCAUCCUGCUGUGGUUGGUAUGACAGUUGGUGUUAUGGAUAAGUUUGAGUCAAGCACACGAGCCUUACUACAUGACACAUCCCAGAACAGACCACCCCCAGUCCCCACAGGACCACCCCCCACUACUCCGGUUCGUCCGUCCGGCUCCCCACCAAACGACACAACUCCCCCGGAGUCACCCUUCUACCUGAACGUCACACGCUACCGUGACGAAACGGAGUACUCAAAUCCGUACGAGUUCUUUGGUCGGGAGCCCGUAUGGAGACGCUCCGCCCCGGGGCCCGAUGAAGUCUGGGAACCAUUCCUCUUCCGGCCUGUUCCGAACCACGACGAGUUGAACAACGCCCCCAACGGCUACGUAAAUGAUUCAGUCAUCAAACUCAAAGAGAAGAAAAGAUUGAACAAACACGGACAUCCAAUGCCGUAUCGGUUACGGUUUUCGUUCCGGAGUAAAGAGCUCGAUAGUAACGGGGGAGUCGAAACACAACAUAAACGCACGUUCAGGCAAAAACCUGCACUGAAACCAAAACCUGACAGUAUAAAAUUGCGGCCACCGUUCACCGGGAAAUGUCUAGGGGGAACCAGGGUGAACUCCGCCGGGGCUACGACGCUCACACGCCGGUCAGACCCACAGAGUGGCGCGACUCGACACGAUGAGUUCGAACUGAAAAUCAUCGGGCAGCAUUCACCCGUCGCGACCAGGAACGGCGAUACGAUGAGGCGGCAUAAGAUCCAGCGGGGAACUUCGGUUCCCAAUUCCGGAUCGUCGUGCAAAGUCGACCCUGAUAUCGUCGGAAUGAACUCGCCGUGGAGUUGGAGGGACGGGAAGUCUUCGGAUGGUCAUGUUUACGUAAACGAAAAGAUCGGAAGACCACGUGUAGUAGGCAAAGCAAGAAGUGUGGAUGAGUUUGGCGCGUAAAAUAAAGUACUUCAAGUCAUGUGACUGAUUGAUGGAGAGGCAAUUAGCCUCACGUGAGGGCGGUAUUGUGGCCGAAGAGAAACUCUUGUACAUAAGUUCGGCUGAUGCUGUUGGAAGUUAACAUCCUCAUGUUAACGUUUGUGCCGUAAAUGUAUUCUACCUACCCCAAACAAAAACUAGUGAGAGUUUUACACUGUCUGCCUGUCCUGUUUGUAAGUGUGAUGUCACUGUUAGCCACGCCAACUUCACGCAAACUUGCCUCAUCAUGGCACAGAUGCCCCCAAGAAAUGCAUUUGUUGUUUUUGAUGAUUUAUAAAUGGACGUAAUAAUUUUUGGGACUUGACUGUCGCAUUCUUGCAAAGACUCAAAGUCUGUUCAGAAGUAUCAGUUAGUGUCAUAAAAAAAAAUACCUUUGAACCGUAAGCAGUGUUAAAACUGCAGUGUCGGCAAUGCUGCUUUAGGCUUAACACCUUGCAUUGAUUCCUUUUCGAAUUCUCGAUUUUAGUUUCGAAAACUGUGUACUUUCGUUGCAGGCGAAAGGAUCCCAAGCCAAAAUCGUGCUUUCGAAAACGCCUUCAAACUUGUUAUUUAUUUAUUUUGUUUUCUUUGAUUUGGUUUCUGAUCGGGAUGUGGUAUAAAUUAUUUCUACGCAUGAUUGCGAAUUUGUUACAGAAAAGUUUGCUUGCAAUAAUUAUUGUUCAAUUUUUGUUUGGUCUUAAACACAACUGUCAGACUUAAUGAAACUUACGUCAUCGAUCUUAAUAUAAUGUGAUUGUUCGUCAAACAAAAACCCUCUUUGUUUGGUAUUUCUGUUUUGCCUAAAUCAGCCAAAAGCCUAACUGAUGCGAUAUGUAAAUUGUAACUAAAAAAGAUCAUGUACUAAAAUAUUUAUUUAAACUUCAUAGCUGAAAUGUAAAUAAUACUGAACUGUAA